ACUGGUUGUCUCAGAGUUCACACGGAAUGUAAGUUCACUGACUUCACACUCGCCUAGUGUCAACAACAUCGAUCGAGACCGUAGAUACGAUGGCCAUACUACCGCUCUGGUCAUAUGUCUAAAUUCUGUCGGAUGAUAAGGAUUAAAACGCAAUGCCGGAAAAACCACUGACAUACAGGAAAACUUGGCAGAUGAGAAAAAACUUUGUCGGGCGAGCAUGCAAGCUACAUUUUGAAGUAUCUCCCUUGAAGAUUGUUCGAGCAUCAAAGCAAUAUUUAUAUGACGACAAUGGCUGUGAAUACUUAGACUGUAUAAGCAAUGUAUCUCAUGUUGGUCACUGUCAUCCCCAUGUCGUCCACGCGGGACAGGAACAGAUGGGGAAGCUGGUCACCAGCGCGGGAUUCCUGGAUGACAAAAUGGUGGAAUACGCCAAGCGAAUCAUCGAGACCCUCCCGGAUCAGCUCUGUGUUUGCUUCUUCCUGAACUCAGGAUCUGAAGCCAAUGACCUUGCCCUUCGGCUAGCCAGGUCUUAUACAAAGAAUGAAGAUUUCAUUGUACUUGAUCAUGCUUACCAUGGUAACAUAGGAAGUCUGUUAGACCUAAGUCCGUCUAAGUGGAAAAAGGUCGGCCAAACUAAGAAAGAAUGGGUCCAUGUGGUGGAUUGUCCUGAUAUGUAUAGAGGGAAACAUAAAGAUGAUGCCAAUCCAAGCUUGAAGUAUGCACAGCAAGUUCACACAGCCAUCAAAAAAGCCAAAGAGAAGGGCAGAAAUAUUGCAGGCUUUCUCAGUGAACCGUUGAUGAGUAUAUGUGGGGUGAUAAACCCACCGAGGAACUACUUAAAGUUGGUGUACAGUUUUGUGAGGAGCAGUGGGGGUAUUUGUAUCGCUGAUGAAAUCCAGGUUGGAUUGGGAAGAUGUGGAGAAUCCUUCUGGUCAUUCCAGAUGCAUGAUGUAGUGCCUGACAUUUUAACAGUUGGUAAACCACUAGGAAAUGGUCACCCAAUGGCAAUGGUGGUGACAACAAAGGAAAUCGCAGAUAGCAUUGGGGAAUUCAACAGCACAUUUGGAGGAAACCCCGUGGCCUGUGCAGUAGGAAUGGCUGUGUUAGAUGUGAUACACAAUGAGAAACUGAUGUCUAGUGCCAGGAAUGUGGGGAAGUGUCUGAUGGAUGGGAUGAGGGCCAUUGCCCCGAACCACCCAAUGUUAGGGGACAUACGGGGUACAGGAAUGGUGAUAGGGAUUGAGAUCGUGACGGACAAAGAGAGCAAGAAGCCAUCCAAAGAAGGCGCAGAGAUACUCGCCUACAAGUUGAAGGAGCAGAAGAUCAUCAUUGCCAAUGAAGGCCCGGAUAAGAAUGUUAUGACAUUACUUCCUCCAAUGUGCUUUACUUGUGAUAACGCCAGACGAGUGGUUCAGGCCUUCGACCUGGCACUAGCCGAUAUAGAGAAGGGGGCAGGUAAUAAACCGCUGGCCCAGUCAGAGGACACCAAAAUGAACGUCCCUCUGAACAUUCUAUCGGGGCUGGGGAGCUCCACGGGGCUGGGGAUCCUGGAUGACCCAGAAAAUGAUGGGGAAUCGGACUCAAAAAGACCUCGCUAUGACGAGAUGGACUGAUGAAGGGUAAGCUGGAGUGAUGAAAUCUCAAAGGAGACAGCUUUACUGGUAAUCCAAAGUGGGCUUUGUAGUUUCUACAACGAAAUGAAGAAAGGGAAGUCUUACAGAAUAACGCUACUCUUGCUAUCUGUUAAUUUUAGUUUACAGGUUCUUACUUGGAGAGUGAGGUAUUCUUGUUUUUAAAAUAUAAAAUCUUUUCAUUUGAGUGAACUUUAUUUUCAUCUAAAUAUGUUUUGUUUAGUUAUAUUCUAAUUUAUUUGAAUAUCUUGCUUGUGCAAUAUUUUUAAAAACAAAAUAUAUGCUGUAGAUUUUUGAAAUAUUUUAUAUAUCCAGGCAUAUUUUCUACAAAGUACCCUUUUUUCCUUGUCUGACACAGUGUAUAUAAGAAAUCCUAUCAGUUCCGAUUUUUUCUCAGUCAAUUUAAUUUUCUGUUUAAAAUGUAUGUGUUAGAUAUAUUGUAACAUUGUAUAUGAUUUAAGCUGUUUCUCUGUAUUUUCAUUUUACGGAAUGCAGAAAGCAAUUCGGAAAAAAAAGAGGAGCUGAUUGCAAUGAAUAUUACAGUUAGUUAAAGCUUUAAUUAUAAUAACAUAUAAUGUACUGACUAUUGUACUAUAUUUUAUGGCAAAAAAGCAUGAAAGGCAGCUGAAAGAGAACAUAUAUAGAGGUGAUUGACAAACUUUGUAUCAUUGUAACUUUGUAUACUGGUAUCUGUGACUCUGUGUCCUUUUACAAAACAGCUCUGUUUUAAGUUGCUGUUUUGUUUUUUUAUUGAAAUUAGGGCUGUUACUCACUACAGAGUUAGCCAUUCUUAGAAGGUGAACUCGCGUAACAAACUUAAGAUGUCAUCAUGUAAGCAUGUCCAUGUAAUGUAAGCAAGGUCAAAGGUAAAACUUCUACAUUGGAUUGUAUACAUAUUUUAGGUUACCUUAAUUCACAGUUGAUCUGAUUUCUUUUACCUACUAUGGACCACCCUUUUUUCCCACUGUAAACUUCAAGCCAGUUGUUAUCAAUUAGCUACUACAUGUAGUAUUAAUUACAUGUAUUGUACAGUGUUUUUACAUUUAAACCUGCCUAGAAUUUUAUUUUUGUUCACUUCCCAAAAUCUCCGUUGAAUGUCCUUGUUAAGUCCCUUACUAGGUCUAUUUUUCAUGGAGUCUCAUAAUUUAACUAUCGUACAACUCUUUAAUGACAGGGCAUUAUCUGAAAGAUAAUUGUAAGUUAAAUAUAAUAGUGGUUUAAUAACUGGACUACACAGUAUUCAGUAAGCAAUACAUUUGUGUGGAUACUUAUUUUAAUAUAAUAUUAUUUUAAGCAAUUGUAAAUAAACUGUUUAAUUUAUAUAUUAUGUAUCAUCGCUCAAUUUUCCAACACUGAAUAUUGCAUUGUGUACAGUCUUGUUGAAUUAAGUUUUGUUAUAUAUACUGGUUUGUUAUCAAUUAAUGUUCCAUAGCUUUACAAAUUUUAUUUUAUUUAUUUGCAUUUAAUUAUGCAGCACAUUUUUGGUUAAAUUUAAGAUACAUAAUAAAAUUU